UUUCGGGCGGCGUUGGAUCAGCACCUAACGCACCAUGAGCAGCACAGUGUCCGUGGAAGAGGUCCACCUGCACCCGUCGCCGUCGGACGGCAUCAGUUGCGUGCGCUUCAGUCCUGAUGCGUGCGAUUGGCUCCUUGCUACUUCAUGGGACAAGAGUAUGAGUCUCUACGACGUUCCGAGCAACCGACUGCGUGUCAAAGUCGACGCAGACCAUGCGUUGUUGGCAUGUGCGUUCGGUGCAACGCGGACGCAAGCAUUCAGCGGGGGCGUGGAAGGCAUUGUGGGAUCGCACGACCUCGAAGUCGCAAACCAUGUGACCAAGUUAGGGACGCACGACAAAGCCGUGGCGCACAUUCGAUUCAACGCGUUGACGGGGCAAGUCUUGUCUGGAUCAUGGGAUGGAUGUGUCUCAGGAUGGGAUCCGAAAUCGAAUUCCCGAACCAUCCAUCUGGAGCAAUCGGGCAAAGUCUAUGCGUUGUCGACGCAAGAGAAUCUUGUUGUCGUGGGAACCUCCACGAAGCGCAUCGCGCUGUACGACAUUCGCCGCACGAACGAGCCGAUCCAAGACAUCGAGUCACCGCUCAAGUACCAAAUUCGGUGCAUCGAGCUCUUCCCUGACGCGCAAGGUUACGCGAUUGGGUCGACUGAAGGCCGUGUCGCGCUCGAGUACGUGGACCCAGCGCGCAAGGGCUACGCAUUCAAGUGCCACCGCGAAAAGAUUUCGGACAGUGAAACGUAUGUAUUUCCGAUCAACGCGAUUGCAUUCCACCCGCGCUUCGGGACGUUCGCCACGGGCGGAUGCGACGGCAUGAUCAAUGUCUGGGAUGGCGAUAACAAGAAGCGCAUCAACCAGUUUCUGCAGAACCAGACAACGCGGUACCCGACGAGGUCUCGAAGUAGCACUGCCGGUACUCCCCGCGAAGCCUGUAUUUGACGGUUGUGAUAGCAUUGCGUCGAUGGCGUUCAACCACGACGGGUCGCGCCUGGCGAUUGCGUCGUCGUACACGUUUGAAGAAGGAGAGAAAGACCACCCCGACGACGCCAUCUUUGUGCGAACGGUGCACGAGUCGGAAGUGCGCCCAAAGAAGAAGGCUCCGUGACGUCCUUUUACAGUCUCGCGGCGAUCUGCGCGAUUUCUUAGCGCGGUACAACCUGCUUCCAUUGAAUCGAUGGGCACGGCACUCGUCCUCUUUUGAUCUUGUUGCCUGCCUGGGAUAUCUUGCCAAGGAAAGUUGGCUAGAUGCAUCGCGCCAUCCUACGUAAUGAUGCAUCCUUUGUCUGACAUGCGGUCGUGGUUCUUGGAAUCGACCGGCGGCCACGAUUCUACUCUGUGUUGCCGCUACCCGCAUCUUGGAUGUCCCCUUGUGGACAGCGUCUUGCCGACCGGAGAA